AUGUCAACAAUAUCCUCUCCUCGCCCGUCAAUAGCUUCUUCGCGCGCCCACUCCCCCACACCCACAUCCUCCCACCGUCCCUCCCUCGACACUCUAAACACCAACACCGGCGCCGCAGGUCUCAGCGCAUCCUCUACGCCCUCAACAGCACGAGCAGUCUCCCCAUCCCUCCACCCUCCACGACGCAACCGCGCCGCCCUCCGAGACUACUAUAACCUCAAACCCGAAGCCGCAGCCGCAGCCGCAGGAAAUGCAGACGCACGCCGUUCCCGCAGCGUCCCCCGCCACACGGACGCCGGCGACAUCUCCAACACCAACCCCUCCGUGGUAGCAACGGGCACAGAACUCGAUAACCCAGACUUCGACGCGCAGCGCUAUGUCGAACAGUUACUAGCGACGUCGUCGCUGUCGACGGUGCUCAAGGCUGAGAAUAGCCUUGUUGGUGAUAUUCGCACGCUGGACAGUGAGCGGAAAGCGUUGGUGUAUGAUAACUACUCAAAGUUGAUUCGGGCAGUUGAGACGAUUGGAAAGAUGCGGAGGAGCAUGGAUGAUCAGGGGGCGCCGUUGAAGAUGACCAAGACGUUGGGGCCGGCGAUUGGGUUUGUGGCGGAGACUGCUGGGAGCUUGAUUCAGGAGGGGGAGGAGCAGCGGCGGAGGAUGAAGGAGUCGAAGACCACGGAGCAGGCGAGUAGUAAGAAGGCUGAGAAAGAGACGGUGAAAUGGGUAUUGGGAACACCGAGUCGAUUGGAGAAACUUUUGGCGGAUGGGAAGAGAGAGGAGGCUGACAAAGACUGGGCUGAGGUCAAGGAUCUACUUGACAAGUGGGAAGGCGUGAAAGGGGUUUCUGAAAUCAAGGAGGCAUGUUUGAAGGCCAUGGAGACCGGAAAAGACAAGGAUUCAUAA